UCGGUUCACGUACAUUCACAAAUGACAACUCCGUACACCUAUAAAUACGUUUGUCACUAGAAAUCGAACAGUCAGUUUCCUUCUUGACUUUCGUUCGAUCGUAGGAUUAUCCAAAACACUAAUCGACAUGGCUUUCAAGCAAGUGGUUAUCGUGCUGGCGGUCGCUAUAUUUACUACAUGCAAGGGAGCUGCAGUUCCUUUACCAGCAGUACCAUUAGCUAAACUUGCACCAGUGAAUCCAGCAUUUAAUUACGAUCCUCAUCCACAAUACACUUACGCUUACGACGUCCAGGACAGUUUAACAGGAGAUUCGAAAACUCAGCAAGAAACUAGAAAUGGCGACAUAGUCAGUGGUAGCUACAGUUUCAUCGAAGCUGAUGGCACCAGGAGGAUUGUCGAGUACACGGCGGAUCCUGUGAAUGGAUUCAACGCGGUUGUCCACAGAGAACCUGUGGCUGUCAUUAAACCUGCCCUGAAGGUCGCUCCAGUGGCUUUUCAUCCUUAGGCAAUUUUAAUACUUUAUAAUUUAUACUUAUCCUGGUAGAGAAAGAAGGGUAGGGUUGACCUAAUGGUACAUGGAAUUUAUUAACUUCAUGAGGAAGAAUUUUAGCUUCAAUUUAUUUUCUCAUUUCGUUUUAACAAGCAGAAUAUAACAUUAAAUUGGUAUCAGUAUGAAAAAGAUUCAUUCGUUGGGAAAUGAAAUGAAUUUUAUGUCAUUUAAGUCAUGCAUUGUUUAGUGCUCGCUUGUAAUAGAGAAGAAAUUUAUAUUUGCCGUUUUGUACCGCUUACUAUGUAACUAGUCAUAUUACACUGUACAUACUGCAAUUAUUUUAUAAUGAAAUGUUUAUAUUAAAAACUUUUUUAAAAUA